UUCAAAAGCCCCUCACAAGCGACAGAAGACUUUCCAUACAAUCCUUACCAUCCAUACAAUUUCACAUCUAAUGCAGAUAUGACCGCUGGUGAAGCAUCUGCUAAGCUAUGUCAUCGUCAAAGACCGCGCUGAAAGCCAUCGGCGCAGCCAUCAAGGCUCAGAACUACGACGAAGCGGUACAGCAAUCCCGGAACUUACUUGCAUCAGAUCCCAAAAGCUACCACGCGUUGAUAUUUCUUGGAUUCGCCCUCGACAAACAGGCCAAAUAUGCCGAAGCCGAGACCGCAUACGAUGCAGCAACCAAAAUCAAAGAUUCUGACCCUCAGGCUUGGCAAGGCCUUAUUCAGUUGUAUGAGAAACAAGGUGGUGAUACGCUUUCUCGGUACCAGGUUGCUGCAUUAAAGUUGGCUGAGAUCUAUCAAAAUCUGGACGAUAGAUACAAAGCCCAGGAUGUUGUGGACAAGUUUCUUGCGUUCGCAAAGAACCAAGGCACGCGUAUGCAACACAAACACGCAUAUGAGAUCGUCUUACCAACUAGUCCGAUAUACGAGUUCCUGGAAGGAAGCAUUCCGCACCCAGCACAAACGUAUCAAAUGAUGGCCCAACUUACAGAAUUUGACGAGAAGGAACGCAUAAAUAAAGAGAUUGGCGAACGAAGAACGAGAUUAGGUGCAAAGGUCGGUCAGGUCACAAUAGAAGUCAAACGCGAAGUAUUACGAGAUAGUGAUCUGGAGGACUUGUACGCCAAGAUCAUAGACUGGAGCAAUGACGACGAAGUUCGUCGUCAAUAUGAGGAGAAGCUUCUUCAGCGAUGCCUUGACGCUUUAACGGUUCUUCCACCAAAUCAGGAGAAGAAGGAGAAGCGUGCUAAAGUACUCAAGUUGGCUAAUGACAUGGUGAUAAUCAAACAUCCCUACAAGUUAGCGUGGGACAUUGCAAUUGAAUGGAAGGAUGUGGAAAACAUUCAAGACCUGGACGCGAAUAUCUUACGUGAAUACAUCGCGUUUUUUCCAACAAGUGGUCUUGCUCAAGUGUUGCGUGGAUUCAUGACGAGCGAGAUAUCUCCAUUUCCUCCACCACCGCCCGCCCAACCCCAAGCUCGAAUUGAACCAGCGUCAGAUGAGAGUGAAGAUGAAGACGAAGAUGGUGGAGGAGUUGCUCUAGAUGCUCCAUUGAUCGGCGAAGAGCGCCUUCUGGUGAUGACUGAAGGCAUGUCUGACGCGCCGAAGUCAAUACUUGCCCACCGGUUGAUGGGGGAAUACUAUCAGUUUCUGGAUGAGCAUGAGAGUGUUGUAGAGCUGAUGCGCAAUGCGCGACGACUGGUUAUGGAUGAAUCGAAUAAAACUGGAGUGCCGUUUGAGCACUCUUCUGAAGCAAUCACUUCACUCCUCGGGACUGCACUGGUUUUCUAUCAGUCACCAAAGAACCACCCAGAGGCGAAAGCUCUAUUCGAAGGACUUCUGACUAGAAAUCCUACUUCAACUCCCGCUUUGAUAGGUAUUGGUUUGAUCUAUGAGGAAGAAGAAGACUAUCCUGCGGCUAUUGAUUUCCUAGAACGGGCACUCGAAAGAGAUCCAAGCAACGUUCGUAUCAAGGCUGAGGCUGCUUGGGUUAGAGCACUCGGCGGCGAUUACGCUAAAGGCAAACACGACUUGGAGGCUUGCCUUCCUAAAAUUGAUCCCAAAGACCUUCGAUCUCGUGAUCUACUAGCUCAGACACAAUACCGGGUAGGAGUCUGCAUGUGGAAUAUCGAUACUUCCAAGGCUGCCAGGAAAGCUAGAGAUGGAGCUUACUCCCUUUUUAUGGCUGCAUUGAGGAGUAACUUGAACUUUGCACCAGCCUAUACUAGUCUGGGGAUAUUUUAUGCCGAUUAUGCAAAGGACAAAAAACGAUCACGGAAGUGCUUUCAAAAGGCGUUCGAGCUUUCGUCAUCCGAGGUGGAAGCUGCGGAGCGGUUGGCCAGAUUGUUUGCCGAACAAGGUGAAUGGGAACUUGUUGAAGCUGUUGCACAACGAGUAGUCGACUCUGGAAAGGUCAAGCCCGCACCUGGUUCCAAGAAAAAAGGCGUCAGCUGGCCCUUUGCUGCGCUUGGGGUGGCGGAGCUGAACAAGCAGGACUAUGCAAAGAGCAUCGUGUCAUUCCAGUCCGCACUACGAAUUACGCCCAAUGAUUAUCAUUCAUGGGUUGGUCUUGGUGAAAGCUAUCACAAUUCUGGGAGGUAUAUUGCCGCCACGAAAGCUUUCCAGCAUGCAGAGAAGUUCGAGCAUGAAAUCGAGCAACAAAAGUCUGGUGAAACUUGGUUUGCAAAGUACAUGCUUGCAAACGUCAAGCGAGAGCUUGGUGAUUAUGACGAUGCUAUCCAAGGAUACCAGUCAGUUCUUCAAGGCCGUCCAGGGGAAUACGGUGUUUCCAUCGCCUUGAUUCAGACUCUUGUUGACAGCGCCUGGGAUGGAAUCGAUAAAGGCCUCUUUGGACACGCAGCUCAACGUGCAACCGAAACUAUUGAUGCGGCUCUCAUACUGGCUAAAACUACGGCAACUGCUUUCAAUCUUUGGAGAGCCGUCGGAGAUGCUUGUGCAGUCUUCUCGUGGGUUCCGAACCGCAUUUCGGCCUUUCCAUUUAGUAAUAUGGAGCAAUUGCUACUGGCCGGAGAUGCAGACGAUGCCUAUAAUAUAUUUACUGAUGUUGAUGGUGUCGGUCUCGACCUUGUUCGUGCCAAAGGACUCUUUCCAGACGAUGAACAGCAUGGGCUAAACUUGACACGCUGCUUGCAUGCUGCAAUAUUAUCCCACAAAAGAGCCAUACACGCCUCGGCUCACGAUAUGCAUGCCCAAGCAGUUGCAUACUACAAUCUUGGCUGGAUGGAGCAUCGAGCGCACGUCUGUCUAUCUGCGGGGCUGAAGAAGAGAUCUACUAGAUAUUUGAAAGCAGCCGUACGUUGUUUCAAAAGAGCCAUCGAAUUGGAGGCGGGUAAUUCUGAAUUCUGGAACGCGCUUGGUGUUGUUACCAGUGAGAUGAAUCCAAAGGUAGCACAACAUUCAUUUGUACGGUCUCUGUUCUUGAAUGAAAGGAGCGCCCAAACCUGGAGUAACUUAGGGGCACUCUACUUGAUACAAAAUGACAUUCAGCUCGCAAAUGAUGCAUUUACCAGGGCUCAAUCAACGGAUCCAGACUUUGCGCACGCUUGGGUCGGACAGGGGCUCAUUGCUCUUAUGACAGAUAAUCCGAAAGAAGCCGAACUUCUCUUUACUCAUGCCAUGGAAAUAUCAGAUUCUUCCUCAUUGAUCACAAAGAGACAAUACUGUCAGUCGGUAUUCGACCAAAUACUUGCAUCAAAAGAAGGUUCAAGCAUCACAGAUCUUGUACAACCACUCUUUGCUCUAAAUCAGUUGCAAUCUAUGGCUCCUGAUGAUCUGGUGUACCAACAUCUAUCGACUCUCUUUCUGGAGAGGAUAGAUAAUAUUUCAUCGGCAGUGGAGACUCUGUCAAAAAUAUGCACCACCGUCGAGGCAGACUACGAAGUUACCGAAUCGCCUGCCUCAUUUUCCCGUUUUGCUUUAGCAAAGGCAGACCUUGCUCGAUCACAACUGGCAGCUGGUCUUUAUUCCCAAGCUAUCGACAGUGGAGAGACAGCCUUACAGCUCAGUGCUGAAGACGCAGGGAAUGACCUCUCCACGACGGCGCGUCAGAAAUGCAGGCUCUCCGCGCAUCUCACCGUCGGCUUGGCACAUUAUUACUCUGAUGAUCCAAAAGCCGCCCUUGAAUACUUCCAACCAGCUCUUGAGGAAUCCAAUGGUAACCCCGAUGCUGUAUGUCUGCUAGCGCAGGUCCUGUGGGCUAUAGGUACCGAAGAGUCGAGAGGCAAAGCUCAGGAAUAUCUUUUCGACUGUGUUGAGAGCCACCCCGACCACGUGCAAUCGGUACUCUUGCUCGGUGUCAUCGCUGUGUUUGACAAGGAUGAUGAAAGUCUCGAGGCUGUCACUGCGAGCCUUCAAGACUUGCGGGCCACGCAUACCCUCACAGAUCGAGAACAAACCCAUGUAGGCGAGAUCCUCCGUGCAAUCGCCGCAUUAUCCGAAGGCGACCCCGAGCAGAUGGUAAUGGCGGAGGUACAAACUGAUAUUUUCUUGCAUCCAAAUCAACCACAUGGCUGGGGCCGUCUGGCCGAGAUAGGAGGGGAUGAGUAUGCGGCCGAUAUGUCGUUGAAGACUGCUAUGAAAGUCGUCCCUCCGCGAGGUGAGCUGGAGGCUAGUCAGCUUGCAGAGGCUUUCGCAGGAACCGGGAGAGUUGGGGAUACACAAACGGCAAUCGUGCUCGCGCCUUGGAAUAGCGUUGGCUGGGAUGCAUUGACUGGGUAUUGAUGAGUGAGGAUGAUUCAAUGAUUCUUUGAGCCACGCAGAGAUGUAUGUCGUAAUGACUGGCAUAAUGAACAAAAGCAAUUAAAAUAUUAGAUUUUCUACAUCCGAUAAACUGUCUACACCACCCCUCCUCAUUAGCACCCCUCCUCAAGAGGCGCUCCCACCACCAUCAGGGGUAUGUCGAGGUACCUUGAACCCAGGAAGUCUUAGACCUGUUGGC